AUGGCGAAUGCUGGUGGUAACAAUGGUGGUGGUAUUGAGGGCUCUGACUUGCUGGAGCUCAGCCAGCUGCUCCGGCGGUGGCCCCUACACCGGACGCCGGGAGAGGCCGCGGCUGUCUGGAAAGGGGCGGGGCUCGGCCGGGGGCGGAGGGACUCCCGGGCGGCGCAGACAGCCCUGCAGACCGACAGCAGGCGAUCGGGACAAGGAGUCUACGCUCCAGCCCAGGCUCAGAUCGUGCAUGCAGGCCAGGCGUGUGUGGUGAAAGAAGAUAACAUCAGUGAGCGUGUCUACACCAUCCGAGAGGGGGACACCCUUGUGCUGCAGUGCCUUGUCACCGGGCACCCUCGGCCCCAGGUGCGGUGGACCAAGACGGCAGGCAGCGCGUCGGACAAGUUCCAGGAGACAUCGGUGUUCAAUGAGACACUACGCAUCGAGCGCAUCGCGCGCACACAGGGUGGCCGCUACUACUGCAAGGCCGAGAACGGUGUGGGUGUGCCGGCCAUCAAGUCCAUCCGGGUGGACGUGCAGUACCUGGACGAGCCAAUGCUGACGGUGCACCAGACGGUGAGCGAUGUUCGAGGCAACUUCUACCAGGAGAAGACGGUGUUCCUGCGCUGUACUGUCAACUCCAACCCACCUGCCCGCUUCAUCUGGAAGCGGGGCUCUGACACCCUGUCUCACAGCCAGGACAAUGGGGUCGACAUCUACGAGCCCCUCUACACCCAGGGGGAGACCAAGGUCUUGAAGCUGAAGAACCUGCGGCCCCAGGACUAUGCCAGCUACACCUGCCAGGUGUCUGUACGCAACGUGUGCGGCAUUCCAGACAAGGCUGUCACCUUCCAGCUCACCAACACCACGGCACCACCAGCCUUGAAGCUGUCUGUGAACGAAACUCUGGUGGUGAACCCUGGGGAGAAUGUGACGGUACAGUGUCUGCUGACAGGCGGUGAUCCCCUGCCCCAGCUGCAGUGGUCCCAUGGACCAGGCCCACUGCCCCUGGGUGCUCUGGCCCAGGGUGGCACCCUCAGCAUCCCUUCAGUGCAGGCCCGAGACUCUGGCUACUACAACUGCACAGCCACCAACAAUGUGGGCAAUCCUGCUAAGAAGACCGUCAACCUCCUGGUGCGAUCUAUGAAGAAUGCCACAUUCCAGAUCACCCCAGAUGUGAUCAAAGAGAGUGAGAACAUACAGCUGGGCCAGGACCUGAAGCUGUCAUGUCAUGUGGAUGCAGUGCCCCAGGAGAAGGUGACCUACCAGUGGUUCAAGAAUGGCAAACCAGCACGCAUGUCCAAGAGGCUGCUGGUAACCCGCAAUGACCCUGAGUUGCCUGCCGUCACCAGCAGCCUAGAACUCAUCGACCUACACUUCAGCGACUAUGGCACGUACCUGUGCGUGGCUUCCUUCCCGGGGGCACCUGUGCCUGACUUGAGUGUCGAGGUCAACAUCUCCUCUGAGACAGUACCGCCCACCAUCAGCGUGCCCAAGGGCAGGGCGGUGGUGACGGUGCGUGAGGGCUCACCGGCGGAGCUGCAGUGCGAGGUGCGGGGCAAGCCGCGGCCGCCUGUGCUUUGGUCCCGCGUGGACAAGGAGGCUGCGCUGCUGCCCUCGGGGCUGCCCCUGGAGGAGACCUCGGACGGAAAGCUGCGACUGGAGCGUGUGAGCCGCGACAUGAGUGGGACCUACCGCUGCCAGACGGCUCGCUAUAAUGGCUUCAACGUGCGCCCCCGCGAGGCCCAGGUGCAGCUGAACGUGCAGUUCCCGCCGGAGGUGGAGCCCAGCUCCCAGGAUGUCCGCCAGGCGCUGGGCCGGCCCGUGCUCCUGCGCUGCUCGCUGCUUCGAGGCAGCCCCCAGCGCAUCGCCUCGGCUGUGUGGCGCUUCAAAGGGCAGCUGCUGCCUCCGCCGCCUGCCGUCCCCGUCGCCGCCGAAGCCCCCGACCACUCCGAGCUUCGCCUCGACGCCGUCACUCGAGACAGCAGUGGCAGCUACGAGUGCAGCGUCUCCAACGACGUAGGCUCGGCUACCUGCGUCUUCCAGGUCUCCGCCAAAGCCUACAGCCCGGAGUUUUACUUCGACACCCCCAACCCCACCCGCAGCCACAAGCUGUCCAAGAAUUACUCCUAUGUGCUGCAGUGGACCCAGAGGGAGCCUGACGCUGUCGACCCCGUGCUCAACUACAGACUCAGUGUCCGCCAGUUGAAUCAGCACAACGCCAUGGUGAAGGCCAUCCCAGUGCGGCGCGUGGAGAAAGGGCAGCUCCUGGAGUACAUCCUGACUGACCUCCGUGUGCCCCACAGCUAUGAGGUCCGCCUCACACCCUAUACUACUUUUGGGGCUGGAGAUAUGGCCUCCCGCAUCAUCCACUACACGGAGCCCAUCAACUCUCCCAAUCUGUCAGACAACACCUGCCACUUUGAGGAUGAGAAGAUCUGUGGCUACACCCAGGACCUGACAGACAACUUUGACUGGACCCGGCAAAAUGCCCUCACCCAGAACCCCAAGCGUUCCCCCAAUACUGGUCCCCCAACUGACAUAAGUGGCACCCCUGAGGGCUACUACAUGUUCAUUGAGACAUCAAGGCCCCGGGAGUUGGGGGACCGUGCAAGGUUGGUAAGUCCCCUGUACAACGCCAGUGCCAAGUUCUACUGCGUCUCCUUCUUCUACCACAUGUACGGGAAGCACAUUGGGUCCCUCAACCUCCUGGUGCGGUCCCGGAACAAAGGAGCACUGGACAUGCAUGCCUGGUCCCUCAGUGGCAAUAAGGGCAAUGUGUGGCAGCAGGCACAUGUGCCCAUCAACCCCAGCGGGCCGUUCCAGAUUAUUUUUGAGGGGGUUCGAGGCUCGGGCUACCUGGGGGAUAUCGCCAUAGAUGAUGUCACACUGAAGAAGGGAGAGUGUCCCAGGAAGCAGAUGGAUCCCAAUAAAGUGGUUGUGAUGCCGGGCAGUGGAGCCCCCUGCCAACCCCGCCCGCAGCUCUGGGGGCCCAUGGCCAUCUUCCUCUUGGCGUUGCAGAGAUGAUGAGUGCUUCAUGGCCCCCCCACCCCGCCCCCGGCACACCAAAGUGUCUGCAUCUUACCAAAGACUGACCCCCGCCAGCCGGGGUGCCCAGGGGCAGGGCCGCCUGCCAGGGAAGGGGCCUGCACUGGCUGCGAGGAUGAGCAGAGAACAAGGACAGAGGCCUGGCACUGAGGCCUGAGACAGUUGUUCGACACACACACACACACACACACACACACAUAUUAAAGCACAAGUUUCUAUCUGACCUGCCAGCACCUUCUUUACUGCAGAGACAGGACUCGCCUGAAUGGCAUCCAUUACCCCAGGGACCUUGGUGCCAUGUAGGCCUUGUCCUGGCUGCAUCUGUGGUGUGUUUCUGACCUUCCCCUGUCCCUGACUCAAGGCUGAGCUCAGCCCAGUGGCUUUACCAGAAGCCAGAAGGGGAGAAGACAUGGGAGCCCUGCCCUUGGCUGGCCUCUGGGACUCCCUGGAUGGGGGAGGCCGGGGUCAGGGGGGCCAGGUGGGACUUUGUGAGCUCUGUGAAUAUCCCCAUGCAGGGGACAAUGAGGGAGAUGAGGCACCUGCUGCAUAAACUCUGUUCCCAGAGCAAAGGCCAGAAGCUGGAGACCCCAGGUCACCUAGAUCCCCUGACCCAUCCCUGGAACGUCAUAUUCCCCAUCACUGCGCCCCCUUCAAAGGGAUCCAGUGCAGGGUCUUGGGCCUGGGCAGUCUGAAGACUGAUCCGUUCCCCAUCCUCUCCUUCCCACUGCACCCCACCACACAAGCAGCUGCAUUCCUGAGAGCACAGUCCCCACUCUGGUCUGUUGGCCUAACCUCAGCCCCCAGCUGCAUCCCCGAGGAGCCAGGGGGAAGGGUUGGUGGCCAGGCCAUUUUCUGGGGUGAAGCUUGACUUUGAGAGGAACAGAGGAGAAGUCCUGCUUUUGUGAUUUCAUACCCCCAUACUGGACACUGAUUUUAGGAGUAGAGGAGCCUCCAUUUCUUAUAUACUUGCCAUGAAGGGGUGCCCUGGAUGGGGGUGUUUGUAGGGAGGCUUCCUUUCCUCCUCCACCUCAAAGCACUGUCUACUGGACUGUUCCCUUCCCCGCCCAGGGUCAGUGAAGAAGGAGGGGUUUGUAGAGCCGGGGGUGGUGUGUGGGGCAGUUGCUGGUCACCAUGCUCCCUGGGAGUUGAGCCUCAUUCCCCAACCUUGGGUGCUGGGUUGGGAGGCUGAGACAGGCAUGAUGGGACCUAGACCUCCUCCUCACCAUCACCCCUGAGCCCCUUACCCAGAUGUCCAUGGGACAGAGAGGGCCCAGCCCCCUUCAGGAUGAUUUGUCAUGGACGUGUGCAUGUGGCCGUGUGUGUGUGUGCGCACACGUGUGACCAUGUGUGUGGACCCAUCUGUGUCUGUGUACCACCGUGGGUACAUCUCUGGCAGGAGAGUGUGCAAAUAUGGGGCUGUGUGUGCAAUUAUACAUAUCUGUUUGUGAGGCUGGGACUAACCCCCAUCUCUGUGAGUGCCUGUGCGUGUCUAUCUUCGUGAGUUUCACGUAUGUUUGCGGAGUGCUGGCCAAAUAUGCCACUUCAGCCCUAUUCUAUAAUCUCAAGUGGCCUCCGACCACCUGAAUUUCUACCUUUUAUCCCCUAUGGUUGACAAAGAGCUUACAGAUGACCCAACAGAAAUGCAAGCACCUUUAGUUGGGGGCGUGUCAUAGGGCUCCUCCUGGAGCAUUUGGUGGGGACAGCUGCAGAAAAGAGGCAGCACUGUGAUGCCAGAAGGCAGGCAGGAAACCAAAGCAAACGCUGCCCGUCUCAGCUCUGCCAGGCCUGUGUUAUCAUCAUCACCAACAGCUGGUGGGUGGCCAGGCCAGGGCUGGAGUGGGGCCUUCUGUUACCUGACCAGCGUGGCUGCCUUCCCAGCGCAGCCAAGGUCUCUGUCCGAAAUGAGUGGAUCCAGGUUCCCAGAACAUGCUUCCAUCAUGUCUGCUGGGUAUUGUUCCUUAGUUGUCCCAUCUGCACAGGGUCUGUUUCCCCAACUAGACUGUGAGCUCCUCCUCUGAGCCUUCCAAUCCUCUCCCUCACCCCAUCCCAACCUCAUGCCCAGCACAAGUAGGCCUGUUAUGGAAUCGCUCAGCGGGCUUUGCCCAGUGGGAUGGAUUAUAUAAAUCAGUGGUUCCCAGCCUGUCUGCAGAAUAGGACCACCAGAGAGUCUUUUAGAAAGCACCAGUGCUGGGCCCUCCCUAGAGGUUCCAGUUUAAUUGGACUGAAGUGCAGCCUGGCAUCAGAAAUGUUUAAAAGCUCCUCUGGAGAACCUGAGAGUGGGAACCACUGGCCUAUCACCUGUCAGGUGCUUCCUCCGUGCCCUCACUGGGGUGGGUGCUGGAGAUUCAGAGAUUGGUAGCCGGGAGCACUUCCUCCUUGGGGCUCCGUGGUGCCCUGUGCCUACUGCCCUCAGAUGACUUUUGAGUGCAUCUGUCCCCUCUCUGACUGCUCUGUGAAGGGGACCCUGUCUCCCUUGUUCACCGACACAUCUGUAGAGCUGGAUACAGAAAAGGGACUCAGCAUAUGUUGGCUGAGCUGAACUGCAAACAUGCUGCCCCCGAGUUCCUGGUCUGUUUGGAGAGAGGGAACAUGGUCACAUGGACAGAGAGUACAGGACAAAUGAGCAACAGGGAACAGUGCCAGAGGGAGGUCAAGGUGGGCCUGGGCAGCACUGACUUGAGGGUGGCUUGACCUGGGCUAGCAAUGUGCCUGAGUGAGCUGCUGAGGUCCUUGGUCCUCACGUGUGUCUGUGUGUGCCAGCUCGUCUGCAGGGGAUGUGGGUGUCAGUGCAUGCUCACCUUAACUGUGUGUGUGACGUGAGCACCUAGAGUGUGCCAGCAUGUGUGUGUGUGUACGAGGGGGGCUGCAAGGAAUAAGUGUCUAUGUGUGUCGUCAGGUGACUUGUGAGUGUUUGAGUGUCUGUGUGUGCCUAUGAGUCAGCCCCUCUGUGUCAGUGUUGGGUGUGCCGUGUGUGUCCUCGUGUGUCAGUGACUGUCAGCAACUGUGUGUUGGUAGGUGGCCCGUGAGGACCCCCAGCCCAGGGGAGACCAGGCUGGCUGGAUCCAGUGCAUCUCCCCAGUGGUAGUCUCGCCCUCUGGGUCAGGGUGGCUGAGGCAUUUUGUGGCCUUAAAAUGGGGAGUCCAGGGUCAACCUUCAGGGUGUUGGGGUCCUCCACCCCUGUCCCCUUCAGGUUGGUGUCUGGGGGACAAAGGGACUCCUGGGGCCAGCUGUUGUUUAAGUAGGAGAGAGGGAGUCUCAGCUUGGCUGUCUGCUCCGGGACCAUAACCAGUCACCAGGCAUGCCAAGCUGAGCCUGUAGACCAAGCCCCCUCCUCCUGGGGUGCUCCGCCCACCUCCACCCUCUCUGGGAUAGCUCUGACUCCGCCUUCUCAUUCAUUUUCCUUUCUCCCUGUGUCCCUCCAAAGCCCCUGGCUCAGGUUGACAGUGCUGGGACAGUACUAGUCCAAACUCCUCAUGGUCUGAAUGAGAGUGAAGACCAGAGAGGGAAAGGGACUGGCCCAAGGUCACACAGUCAGUUAACAUGAAGCCAGCCUUGGAAGCCAGGUAUUACAGCCCUGAGGGUGUCACACCUCUGGUCAUUGCCCCUGGGGUUUCCUGCCAGGCAACAAGGAGGAGCUUGGUCAAACAGCCCUGUCUCCUGGUGCCUGUGCAGAUAUUACAGUUGUUACUGGGCCCUGCACUGGGAGAGGUACUAUCCUUGCCCCCAGAUCUGGCCUCGCAUCCCAGGCCACAGCUCCUCCUGCCCAGUUCAGGCCUGGGUGCCUCAUGGAGACUACCACCCUCUGCCCGCACUGGUUGAAGCUGCUGCCCCUCCCCCAGGCUCCCAGAUGAAAGGGACUCUGUUUCCCCUCCCCUCUGUCUUCACACGAGCCUGGGCUGGGAAUGAAAUUCAGUGUGUCCUGGUGUCCUCAUCUCAUUGACUUCCCUCUACGGUCCAGGGGAGCCUGGGAGAGCAGGGAUAAUCCUUGUGUUUUCCUCUCCCCAGACAGCUCAAAGGGGUUAGGGGGUAUUUUCAGGGUCUGUCCCUGGAAUGGGGUGGGUAAACCUGCUCAAGAGAGUUCCCACAGGGCCACUGGUUGAGAUUCUGGGUUCAGGGGAGCCCUCCCCAAUUCCAAAGGCAGGAUAGCAGCCCCCUCUCUGUUGAGUCAGUGCCGUUGUGUUUGUGCAUAUGAGAGAAGGUGUGUGUGAGGGUGUGUGUUGGGGCAGAAGGACCACUCUUUCUUGGGGUCUUCUUGAUCCUUAGAGCUGGAAGGGACCUUAGAGAACAUCUAAUCCAGUGCCCCCACUGUACAGGUGAGAAAGCUGAGGUCCAGAGAGAUGGCACUUGCCUACCACUGUCCCCUCACCUCAUGUCACCUAUAUUCAUUUCCCAGGGGCCCCACUGGGAAUGCCCCACCUCCUGGCACCUCCCCCUGGCACCUCCCCCGCUCCCAGCCACCUACAUAAUCACCAUCUCAGCCCAGUUCUGCUGACCCCUCUUCCCUGGGUGGUCUCCAAGCAUCCUUCCUGCCCCAGGGUGGGCAGCUCACCAAGGCCUUUAUCCCCAACCCAGGAGAAGGGACAGGGGAACGAGGGGACUGCUCCAGCCCUGAGGCCUCAAAGACUUGGGAGAAAGCCAACCCCUCCAUGCCCAGGCCCAUCCCACCACCAAGGUAAAAGCACAACAGGAGACCCUCAUUAAUGGGUGAAAGGUAUUGGGGUUGUUUUAGUCACACGACCCCAUCCUCACCCCUUUGCCUUGCUCUCUGUCUCCACCCCAGCCUCUGUCCCCAUUUUGUCCCCCUUUCACCCCCACGUCCCCCAAAUGUAACCUCUAGUUGCGGACGCGGUUGUUUCAAUCAAUAAAGCUGCAGUGUUCUA